UACCUCCUUUAUUUUGUUUCCAAAUUUCCCAUAUCAAUCUCUUAAUUAAAAAAUGAGAACAUUUUUUCGACUAAACUCAGAUUUUUUUUUAAAAAAAAAGAGGCCUCAAAUGGACAGUUUGGUCACCAAUUACAAAGAGGAAUAAUAAUUUCCGCAUUCCCACAAAAUAACAAAAAAAUAAAAAAUAAAAAAACCUUUUUCGGUAAAUACGGAGUACAUUUUAGCAGCCUCAAUUUCUAUUAUUCUCCCUCCAGAAACCAGAAACCUCCUAAACCCUAAAAUAAACAAUACGUCAAAAACCCCCCAAUUUCGCAAGCUCAAUAUCGAAAUUAGGGUUUGGAAUAUUCGAAUUCCAUCAAAUUAAACUCAGUGAAUUCCUCAAUCGAUUGAAUUUCGUUGUCCCCAGAAAAAUUCAAUGGAUUUCGACGAGUACGAGUACUUGGAGAAAACGGUGGAAGAAACAGCAGAGGGUCGAUCGAAGAAAGAGGAGGUGGGCGGGGAGAAGAGAGAGAAAGGUUACAGAAAGAGGAGAGAAGAAGAAUGGGAUGAUCAUCGAGGAGAAGACGAUGAUGAUGAGAGGAAGAAGAAGAAGUUGAGAAGCGAGGAGGAAAAUGGGGGUGGAGGAGAGAGAAAGAGGGAGGACAGGGACAGGGACAGGAGGAGAGAGAAAGAUGAGAGACCCAGGGACAGGGAUAGAGAUAGAGAGAGAAGGGAUAGAGAGAAGGAGAGAGAAAGGGCGAGGAGAGAUAGAGAUAGAGAGAAGGAGAGGAGAGAGAGGGAGAAAGAGAAGGAGAGGAGAGAGAGGGAGAAAGAUGAGUCUGAUAGGGAGAAGGAGAAGGAGAGUGAUGUGGAGAAAGAGAAGGAGGUGCGAGGUAGUAGUCGGUCCAGGCGGCAUGAUAGCCAGGAGCGAGAGGUGAGCCAGGAUAGAGACAGGGAGAGGGACCGGUCCAGGCGGAGUAGUAGCCGGUCUAGGCGGCAUGAUAGCCGUGAUAGGGAUAGGGAUAGGGAGCGGUCAAGGCGAAGCAGUAGUCGGUCUAAGCGGCAUGAUAGCCGGGAGCCAGAUGUGAUCAGGGAGAGGGAGAGAGAGGCGCGAGAGAUUGAGUCCAGGAGAUUAAAAGAUAAAAAGGAAGUAGUGGAGCCUGAAGUUGAUCCUGAGAGGGAUCAGAGAACUGUUUUUGCAUACCAGAUGCCUCUCAAAGCAACCGAGAAAGAUGUUUAUGAAUUUUUCUCGAAAGCUGGCAAGGUGAGGGAUGUCAGGCUUAUCAUGGACCGAAAUUCAAGGCGCUCAAAAGGAGUUGGGUAUGUUGAGUUUUUUGACGUUAUGUCUGUGCCAAUGGCGAUUGCAAUGUCUGGUCAGCUAUUCCUUGGGCAGCCUGUGAUGGUCAAACCGUCUGAGGCUGAAAAGAACCUUGUCCAAUCUACAGCUUCUACUGGCACACCUGUUACAGGCCCUUAUGGACCUACCGACAGAAAGUUGUACGUUGGUAAUUUACACUUCAAUAUGACAGAGCAGCAGCUGCGUAAGAUAUUUGAAUCAUUUGGUCCUGUGGAGCUGGUGCAACUUCCCCUUGACCCUGAGACUGGACACUGCAAAGGUUUUGGGUUUGUUCAAUUUGCUCAAGUUGAGCAUGCAAAGGCAGCGCAAAGUUUAAAUGGGAAAAUAGAAAUUGCUGGCAGAUAUAUUAAGGUUUCAUCUGUCACUGAACAUGUCAGUGGACAAGAUACUGGAACAACUGCAGCGGACUUCGAUGAUGAUGAUGGGGGUGGUAUGGCUUUAAAUGCCCAGUCCAGAGCUUUGCUAAUGCAAAAGUUGGACCGCAGUGGUACAGCUUCAAGCUUUGCUGGUACUCUUGGUGUGCCAGUGCUUAGUGGUACAUCUUCUGUUCAGACGCCUUCCUUGUUCAAUGGGCAUUGUGCUACUCCUGCUCCCACACUCCCUCACCAACUCCUUCCUACCCCAGCUUCUGAAGCUGUAGGCACCCCUAGUGAGUGUCUUCUGUUGAAAAAUUUAUUUGAUCCAGCCACUGAGACUGAUCCAGAGUUCGAUUUGGACAUUAAAGAAGAUGUUGAAGACGAAUGCUCAAAAUUCGGUCGAGUGAGACAUAUCUAUGUUGACAAACACAGUGCUGGUCAUGUCUACCUUCGUUUUGACACCAAGGAAGCUGCAAUGAAAGCCCAGGGUGGAAUGCAUUUGCGAUGGUUUGCUCGUAGGUUGAUAACGGCCAUCUAUAUGCAACCUCAAGAUUAUGAAGCAAAGUUUGGAGAUGCUACUUGAAGAUUCAUUACAAUUGCAGCUUUACCCUCUUGGAUACUGUUGGAAGUGAUUAAUCUGUUUCUUUUUGUCAUUUUUUUUGGGUGGUGGUUUUUUUUUUUUUUUGGGUUGAGAUAAUGUAAUGUGGUGUGCAAUGAGAAUAACUAUGCUUUAUGUUCUAUUGAUGUCAUAUACUCUCUCUAUUCCUGAAUUUCUAACACGCUUUGACUUAGCAUAAUUUUAACCCAUAUUUUUUACUUAUA